AUGCCUCUACCACUGAGCCACGGACACGGGGUUGGGCACAAGGUUGAUCCCAACCUGUGCAAGAAGCCCAGUGUGGAUCUGCGCUCCGACCUCCGAAUUGCCGACAAGACCAUCGACUGCCUCGGACUUGGGAUUUUACCGGAGGUCGAUCCGACGGUGCGGAUUUGCGACGGCUGUGCCGAACGCGUCGACGCGCAGCACGCCUUCCGGACGCGAGACCUGCACAACAAUAGUUACGUCGAGAACGGGCUGGAGGACAAGGAAGACGAGGACGUGUGCCGGUUCUGCUUGAAGGCGGAUGGCGGGGCGGCGUUGGUCGAGUUGUUUCCAGGCGGCGGCGGGAGCGUGGCGGAUGAGGUGCAAACGGUGCGGGAUUGUUUAGGGGUUGAGAUCAACAGCUGGGAUAAGUUGACGAAGAUUUGCGGGGAUUGUAUGGGCGGUGUUGAAGAGUUGGCGGAAUUUUCACCGACAGCCGUGCCGGUGAAGCUGGAGGACGUGACGGAUCGUCGGAUUCGUACAGCAUUGGCAGUGAGAAUGGGGACGGAAGUGAGGGUUUUGAGUCGGACAGUUCGACGGCGGAUAACGGGGAGAAGCGUGGGGAAAAGCGGAAGGUCGCGGCACGGUCGCUGCCGUGGAUUGGAAGUGUCCACGAGGUUACGAAGGUUACAAGUCUAA